AUGAACCACGGUGACGCGGCGAGCAGGGGGGAGUACGAGGCCCUGGUGGACGGGACAGGCCUGAUGCCCAGCAGAAGCAUAGUAGGAGCACAUGAGUUGAGCAACAUGUACGGAAAUGACAUCACGUACGGCAGCAUAAACAUUGGGGAGGGCCCAAAUGAGCAAGUACCUCUGGGCAUGCCCCUAACAUACAUGGUUGGAAAUGAAGGCGAGCACAUUGGAGGGAGUCACACAAAAUAUGAUCACGCUCAGGGAAGCAGAAGGACACACACAGAUCAUAAAUAUGCUGCAUACUUUUUUGCCUACAUGUUAGUCCUCACACUUUGUAUGCUUUGUUACCUGUACCAUGGAAACUAUGCGCGUGUAUUAUAUGGGACAAACUACAGUGGGAAAAUCUGUGGGAGGGAUAUGAAGAAUCACCCGUAUUUGUAUUUCCCCUUGUCUCCUAAACUGUCCACAAUGGAGGUACUGAACAAGUAUGGGAAAUGUCUGGAGUCGUGUCCCACAUCGGAUGUGGAGAAUAAAAUGAGGAAGGAAAAAGAUAGCAAAAGGACAGAUCACAAUGAAAGUGUAGGGGUGAAAGAAAAGGCAAGUUACUUUGGUAACCCUCCCUUUUCGUCCUCCUCGUACACCUCCUUUUUUGUAAAAAAAAAACCAAAACAAAUUAUGGACAGACAAGGCAACAAAGGAACGAACGUGGUGUACGGCGAUUACACGAAAAGUACAAACAACAAUUUGUACGUAGAAUAUUCUUUAAUUUCGCCCUACUACGAUACGGUUAAUAUUAUGAACAUAUGCUAUCCAUUGGAUAAAGGGUUACGAGAGAAGGUUUUAAAUGUAGUAUUUACAGAUAGGUACAAAGUGUUUGUGAAUUUAUUUUCCUUCAAUAAUUCUUUCGUAUACAUUUUUGUUUUUAUUGUUCUUUCUCUUUUUUUGUGUGUUAUUUACUUGUGUUGUAUGUACUAUUUGUCUCCUCUUAGCGUGCACUUGGCGCUAUUUCUUUUCAGCGUGUCCAUGUUAUUUUAUCCUGUGUACUUUAUCCACAAGCAUUUGUACCUCCUGUUUCAUCCCAUUAAGGGAUCUUUUUUUUCGUAUCACUAUUUAGUGUCAAUUUUUGUGUGCUUUGGUUUGCUAGCUCAUGGAGUUAUCUUCCUCUUCGUCUUGUACUUGUAUAGAAAUACAUAUAAGUACACACACAGAUUAAUCACUGUCACUUUGGACUUUGUGAAUAGUAUGUCCAAUCUGCUUUAUGCGCCUUGCAUCAUUUCGGUUGCUUCGGUCGCCUGGUUUUUUCUGUGGAUGUAUGGAUACAUUUAUGUGAUGACUGCCGGGACGUCUCACGAGCAGAGGCUAAAAUUGGAAUUGGACUCGAAUGGAAAUAGCGAGAUUGUGUCCCUGCACAAGGUCUUCCAGUACUUUAGGAGCUCGCACAUUUUUUCCAUAUUCUGGAUAUACACCUACUUCUUAGUGUGUGAAAUCCUGCAGUCCCUCAACCAGUUCACCAUAAGUUAUUUAGGGGCUGUCUGGUACUUCUGCGACAAGAAUAGCGUCAACUACAAGCUCAGUGCCCAAGCCACCAUGAAGACAAUACUGAAUUACCACUUGGGCAGUUUGAUCCUAUCGAGCUUUAUCAACCUAUGCAGCAAGUACCUUCGCGUGCUGUUCUUUUGGGCGAACAGCACUCUGUCUCUUCCCUUCUUCUAUAGCCAGUCGAUUUACAAGUUGAAGGAGCAGUUCGCCCUGUUUUUAAGACCCAUUUCAAAUUUAAUUGAUACGCACACGAUGGCUGCAUACUGCGAGAUGUCCAUGACGUCUUACCCAUACCUAUUCGCCUGCAGCACGUCGUCCAAAAAGUUAAUAAACUCGACUUCACCAGCGGCGUCUUUGCAUGGGAUAACCUACAUUGUUAACAUCAUAUUCCCGUGUCUCACAACCCUAGGGGUGACUUUUCUCUCGUUCAAUAUUUUCAACAAUUUUGAGCGAUAUGGCAAUUUAUUCUCGCCCAAUUUUAUCCCCAACCCGUUUUUUGCGGCACUCACGAUCGGAGUGCUGUGCGGGAUGAUAACCUCCCACUUCAUCACCAUCGUGUCCACCCUGACGGACACCAUCCUGUACUGCUUUAUAUGCGAGUGUUACCAGAAGCAGAUGAUUGAUGAAAAUCCCCUGAGGACAGUAUUCACUCCUCCCCUGUUGAAGGAGUUAAUUUUGGAAAUAUAUCAAGAGUAUAGCACUCGGCCGUGA